AGCACUGAAGAAACCUUUUUCGCGCUUAGCAACCUCCCGCGUGCACCGUAACUCACUCGCUGUGGUGUUUACCCUUAUUUUGUUAAACUAUGGCACGCUGUGUAUGAUUGGUCAAUUCAAACUUCAUUAUGGCGCCAGUAUUGGGGACGGCCGGCAGCAAGAAGACGUUCUCUUCACCGAAUUAUCGCCUGAAUCAGAGUGGAAACAGGAGUUAAGCCAAGGCGUUAAGAAAUUUUGGUUUCACUCUCGAUCGCGAGAGAAACUGCGGUUGGAGUUGAAAAGUGUGCACAAAAUAAAAUACUGUUUCGGCUUGAGGAGAGAUUGUGGGAGCUUUUUCACCAAUUUGUAGUGUUUGAUUUUGAUUGAAAUCCAGUGGGUUUACUUUUAUUUUAUGAGAAGGAUAUCCUUGGGACAAAACGAACGCGAUUCUCUUGAUAAUGUUUCCGAACGGACUUGUCGCAUUCAAAAGAGCAGUUACUAUUGAUUAUUCAUUUUUCCGGAACCAUGGCAACACUGCUCUAGAAUGACUCUUUACAGCAAUUUGAAGUGAACGAGUGUCAAUAAAUUACCAAAUGGUAUGGAAGUGAAUUUGUAAAUAUAGCGAAUUUUUCUGUUCAUUCGUGAAACAUUCGAAGCCGAAUGCGGAUGUUGCACGUGCAAGAGAAGCAAUGUAUCAUCAUCAAUCGGAGUUGUUUUUCUUCGAUCAGUGUGGCGCGAGACGAAAGUACAAACGCUUUCGAAAGCCAACCGAAUUGUUACCGUUCUCGUUGCGUCCCACGGGGCUCAGCGGAGCGGUUAAAGUUGAAGCUUAUCUUAAACAACAGCAGCAAAAGGCUGGCGAUACUGCCCAGGGGAAGCAGAAGAAUUUUGCGGCUGAAAAUAGCGAGACCCCCGAGUUUCGGCCGGCUGGUUCGCUCAACAACUUUCCUCUACCGAAAGCUGAUCACUCUGCAGAGAUCGACGGUAAAAGACCACAUCCUGCUGCAGGGAAAUUAUUGAAUUUACCGGACAUCGGCUUAAACUCAGGAGGUUUUAAUUCUCCACUAGUGAUUAGGAGUUUUGAACAACUGGAAGGAGAUGAUGACGAAGAAGACACUCAGAGAUUCUUGUUCGAGGAGAAUAAGUUCGCCUCUCAAAAUCUGCUAGCUCAGCUGGGACGAUUACUCGACCAGAUUCAUCGACAACAAUUAGAAGAACUAGAAGAAAUUGAGUCAACUAGUGUACAUUUUAGUCGGGUUGGUAGUCCUGUAGCUGAAGUUGGUGAAGACAGCAUUGUUUCUGAAACUAUUCGCAGUGGGGGAGUUGUAAUUUCUUUACCGGAUGAGUUGCACAAGAAGCUAAGUGGUAAUUUCGAAGAACUUUCAGCUGGGGCUUUAUAUCUGCGGCGUGAGUGGCAAACUACAAGCUACAGAGAACAAGCGAUCUUGCAGAAACGUUUAGGGCUCAUUUCUGAAUCAAAUACCAACGUAGACGCUUCGAAAUCGGGCCAUGAGAAAAUAUCGCCGUCUACAGGAAUAAUGGAUCACAACAAAACUAUAAGCGAUGAUAAGUUGGCGGCAAUUAGAGCAUCUGAAUCAAAAGAGAAGCGAAAACAAUCGACUUUAGGAGAAUCUCUUUCUAAAUUAGACACCACUGAUGAACACAAUUUAGGAGCACAAACUCCAGCGACAGAUCACAGUCACUCGGACAAUCACGCUCGUCGGGAGUCUUCUCGACUUUCUUUUAACUUUGGCAAAAAAACACGUUUGGAAAAGUUCAAAGUAUUUAGCGACAAAGCUUCAGGUGAGAAAAAAAAGUCAGGGCUUGAUGAAGAUGAUGACACUCAGAAUGACAAUGAUAUUACUUCUGGUCAUGGCGUUGGGCAACCGACGGUUAUCAAUUUUUCCUUACUCUCUAAGGCCUGUGAAGAAAAAGGAUGGAUACUUCAUCAAGAGGAUACUGAUGAUCUUGAGAGGCAGACGUUGUUGGAAUGGGCUCGUUCAAGGUUGCAGCAAGUUAUCAGAGAAAAAGAAGAAAUGAAGGAAAAAGCAAGAGAGCUUAAGAUAGAUGGCCCACUGGUUAUCAAGUUUUAUGGUGACACCCAUAGGGAGGCAGCUAUGAAAUACAAGAAAGGGGUGUCAUGGGCAAAGCGGUGGAAAAAUUUGUCUGAAGAAGACAAAAGACCAAAGUUCCUUACCUCUCUGCCUGAUGGCACUGCCUUUUGCUAUUACCCAUCUGGUCGAAUAGCAGUGUGUGCCAGUUAUCCAGGCCCUAAUAUGCCGGGACAAUACACUGUUGUCUAUGGAGACUCGGCAGACAGCCCAAUGCUGGCCACAUUUGUGCCAGCUGGUCGGGGAUGUUGUUACCACAAGAAUGGAAGCAUCAGAUUUGUUUCAACUACAAAAUUUGGAGCAGUCAUGGAAGAGCUGAAUAGCUUCAUCAAUCUUCGCUGCGUAAGUCAAGCUGGUAUAACUUUGUACUUCAGUUGUCAGAAUGAGACAGCUAAGUUCCAUGUUGGAAUGCCACAAGGGUCAAAACCCGUCAAACUUACAGAACUGGGGUACCUUCAAACCAACAUGAAGUUUUCAUCAAAUGCAGCCAUGUUGUCCAUGAAGCCAAAGACAAAGAAAAAAGAAGAAAAGAGGAGAAGAAAAGCGCAGAAACUGAAAAAUCCAGAAACUAUCUCUGAAGAAGUACUCGAAUUGCGGCAGCAGGAAUUAGAGGAGAAGUUUCCGGAGAGAAAAGAACUGGAUUUGGACGCACCAUGGCAAAUGGAUUUGUUAAAACUCCAGAGGAAAGUAAAGGGCCUGAUUUUUGACUGGAUGGAACAUUAUCGUGCAGCUGUUGGCAUUACCCCUCCACUCCGUUUUUCAUUACGCUCAAAACGCCGCGCCAUGUCACAUUCCGCUCGAUCAGUGCCUGGUGUUCUUCCUUCAGGAUUCGAGGCGACAAGGGCCUCUAUACGUCGAUCUCCCUCAGCACCCCCCAUUCCACACUCCAAAAGGAAAUCUUGGUACCGUUCUAGGUCCCAGCUGGGUACUCGUCCGCAUAGCUCAGCAGAGAAAAGCAAGCUUACGCGGAUUGAGGACAGCAGAAGUGUCACUAUUGAGGUACCUACCAGGGACAUGCUAAGUUCAAGGAUCGCAAGUAAAGGUCCCCCGGCAGUUUCAGGUUCUCAUAGUCCAACUCACACCACGCCACGGACCCCUUUCCGCUGUGGAGUGAUACAACAGUCUCGGGUUGCCAGUCCUCCAAGAAGUGGGUGUCCUGUCGCUUUGAGAGCUGAGAUGCUUGGAGAGAAAGAUCCACAAUGCAGAUGUGAUCGUCGGAAAAUUCCUCUAGUGACUGACCUGGAAUACGACUGUUUUAUUACUGAGCACGUACCCAGGACCCAACUGCUGGUAGUCAGUGUCACGUCAUCCCUACACCCCGAUGCAAACCCGUGUGACACCAUGCUGGAUCAGCUAUUCCACGAGAAAAACCGUAACAGGUCUCUGCCUUGUGUACAGGCACAGAAUGAUCCUUUCCGAUUGGUACGUUACGACAUUUCAUCAGCAUCGCAUUUUGGCACUCAGGCCCAGCCUCUUCUCCUCAGACGACAUAACGCCGUUCCAGGAAUGUUCUUGAUGUACACUGGUGGAAGACUUUUAUUUGCUGAUCAUAUCUUCAAUGGUUAUGGAAAUGCCAAGAAAGAUUUCCUCAAACAGAUAAUGCGAACAAGAAAGGACGCGCUAGAGGGAAAAUCUCUCCCAGCCGACUUCCGUUUGAGUCCUACUCGCGGUCGUUCAGGCCCGAGAGUCGCCUGGGGUGGGGAGAUCGGUGGUGUGAAGAUAAGUGAACGAGCCCUUAACUUGAGCCCAGCUGUUAGAGAAAUACAAGUGUCUCAUAUUGAUACAAGGCUGGAUUCUGCAGCUACGACUGCAUCUUUGGGUUCUACAUCUAUUGAUGUGAGAGGUGGAGCUAAUUCAGCAGCAAGUUUUGUUAAUUUUGGUUUGUCAAUUGACAGCCCAUAUCCAAUGAACUCUGUAAAGCGGUGGACUGCUUCGGAGACAAUACCCGAACAUCGCCGAGUACAGACAUCAGCCUGGUAGCCUAGAAUUAAAACAAGAUAGAUAAUUAGAUAGGUUAUUAUGAAAGAUAAAUCCCUAUUUAUUUCUUUUGCUUUACAGAACACUGUAAAGAGGAUAUAUUUUUAUCAACGCUUAUUUUAUGAGAAGUUUAUCAUUGCAUCUCACCAAUGAGUUAAACAAAACUCUUUUCAGAACAGAUUGAAAACUUUAUUGAACUACUCCAAAUCAAUAGAGACGGAUACCAAAUAUAUUUUUAUCUAUCAAGUCUCGUCGGUAUUUGUAGAGUAUUUUGAGUGAUCCAUGAAAGUGGGUUCUGUGAUUUAUUUAGUUCCUGUAUUGGGCUUGUUAAAUCCAAACUACUUAAAAAAUCGCAAAUGAAAUGGAACAAUAAAUAUCAAAAACUA